AUGUAUAUUGAUGAAUUGCCGGUUGGAUAAUAAAAGCAAAAUUUUAUGGUCGAAGAGUUUCCUCCAGGUGAUUUAAAUUUAAUAAAUUAGAUUUUGAUCAAUAAUAAUUUGAUAAAGUUGAUUUACCAUUAAAACAAAGAAUAAAAUCAAAAGUUUGGAAAGUUAGACUUCAAGCUUAUGAAGAAUUAGUAAAUGAGUAAGAAAUUGAAUAUGAGUGCAUUUUAUAAAUAAUACAAGACAUACAUGUUUAAUGUUAAGAGAAGGCUCUUUAAAUAGCACUAAAAUAUUUUGAAUAAAAUCAUUAACUAGAGUCUUCAUAAUAAAAGGAGAUAAUAAAAGUGUUAAUAGAGAAAGUGUUAAUAUAAUAAAAAUUAAAGCAAAAUGGAUAUUAAUUGGCCAUUAUACUAUUUCCAUAUUUUAAAAAGGCAAUUUUUGAAAUUAUAAUAGCAGAAUUAAAUCAUAAAAAUCCAAAAAUAGUUUAAGCAACUAUCAGUUUAUUAUUGGAAUUACUUCAAUAAUAUGGUGUAAAGAAAUUAGAUAAUUUAAAACCAUUUUUUCCUAUUUUAUCAAAAUUAACAGAGGCAUAAUAAACUACAAUAAAAAUUGAUGCAAUUUCCUUUUAUAAAGAAGUAACAAAAUGGUUUGGAAAGAACAUUGAAGCAUUUUUUGGUGGAUUGAAUGAGAAACUUUAAUAAGAAUUAAAGAAAUAAGCAGAAACUAUAACAGAAGUAUAAAAAGCACCAAAUCAAGAUGGAGAUUUUGAAACAGGAAAUCAAUAAUUAUAUGAUUUGGCAGAAGCAGUUGAAGUAUUCCAUAAAUUUACAGAUUCUUGGUGUGAAAAGGUGUUUUAACUUGAGAAAUGGUAAGAAAAAAAGGAACAAUUAGAAAAUUUAUAAAAAGCAUGUUCAGUUACAAAAAUGAUACCAUCUCCAAAUGUUUAUUCAGUAGUUUAAUUAUUAAAGAAAUUAAUUAAUGAAUAAAAUAUAGCUAUAUGUACAAUGAGUAUAAAAAUAGCUGGACUUUUAGCUAAUGGAUUAAGAAAGAAUUUUGGAUAAUAUGUUAAAAUAUUAAUAUAACCAUUAUUUGCAAGACUUAAAGAUAAAAAAUAAUGUAUAGUUGAUGAUACAAUAUAAUCAUUAAAGAAAUUCUUCUAUUGUUGUACACUUGAUGAAUUAUUUGAAGAAGUUAAAACUUUAUUAGAUGAUAAAGCAUCAAGUCCUAAAAUUAAUGCUUUUUUACUUGUUGAAUAUUGUUUAGAUGAAAUUAUAAAAGAAAAAUUAAUUAAACUACAAUGUAUAAAGUAAUUAGUACCAAUUUGUAAGAAAUUAAGUGAUGAUGGAAAUGCUGAUGUCAGAAACAAAGCUAUUAUGUUAUUAGCUAAAGUAUCUGUUUAAUUAUAUAAUGGUUCAAUGGCAGUAGAUUUAAAAGGAGAUAAAUUAACAAAGUAUCAAGCUCAAGUUAAUAAUUAUCUUGAAGAAAUAAAAGCUUUAUAAGGCAAUUGUACAGAAAUCUAAUAACCAUAAAAAUCAACUUUAUAAUAAAAUAAGGAAAAUAUAUAAAAUUAACCAAUUAUUAAAGCUAAACAAGAAACUACUAUUUAAAAUAAACCUCAACCCAUUGUUUCUUAGUAAAUUAACUAAGAAAGCCAAGAUUUAAAAUAUUAAUCUACUAUGACUACUAGCUAAGUUGAAGUAUUUCUAAAAUAAUAUAAAACUAAAAAUAAAGAUAUAAAUGAACUUGGAAAUAUUUUAUUAAAUAUUACUUAAUAAUCUAAGUAAAUUUUAAUAUUCACUAUGGAUUAUAUAGUAGAUAAAUUAGGUGAUUAAAAAUAACUUUGUUAUUAAUUAUUUGAAAAAUGUUUCUAAUCAUAUAAACCAAAUCAUUUAUCUCAACUUAUAACAAGCUUUAAGAAUGCUCCUACUUAAGUAUAAUUAAUUGAAGUUUUGACUUUAUUACUUAAAUACAUACCUUUAAGUGAUAAAACAAUUGAUUAAUAGUAAAUUUCUGAAUUUUUAAAACUCUAUUAAAAUCAAUCAAAUUAAAAGGCAAGACAACUUGUAAUUGAUUGUUAGAAUGCAUUAAAAUUAUUAUUUGAAAUUAAAAAGAUUCCAUCAGAAACUAAACCAGUAAUUCCAUUUUCAUUAACAUAAUUUAGUGAUUUAUAUAUUGAAAGAUUGAAAGAACAAUUAAAAGUACCAUAAAUUCCUUAAAAUUUGUAUGAUAAAUUGUUUAGUUACAAUACCUCUUAAAAUUUAGCUGCUGCAUCUUAUAUUAGAUAAAAAAUAGCAUAACCAGCAGAAUUCACUGAAAUAUUUUUUAAAUGGGGUUAUUUAAUUUCAUGGUUUAAAGAAAACAUACCUUUAUAAACAGAAAUAAUCAUGUUAUUUUAAUUUCUGACUUCUUAGCAUAAACUCACAUAAUUAGAGUAAUAAAUUGUAUAGUAUUAUAUUAAAAUGAUGAUAUUAUUAUAUAUAAGAAAUGGAAUGCCAAAAUUAGCAUAAAGAACUUUGCCAUUACUUAUGAAUUUAUUAGCAGAAUAACAUUUAUAAACUAUUUAGAUAUUAUAAUUAGGUUAAUUUGAUGAAUUUGAUGAUGUUUCUAAUUCUUAAGCUAAUUAAAUAAUGAAAUAAAUGUAAGACAAAAUUCCUGAAUGGAAUUGCAAUUCUUAAUUAUAGUAAAAAUCAAUAUUAUUUAAUUUAAUGUUAUUAAUUAAUAAAGAUGAUAUUUUAAAAGAAAAGAUUUUAGAAUAGAGAAAGCCUUCUAUUAGAGUAGAAGGUGUCAUAAAUUCUAAUAUUGAUUUUUAAAACAAAUAAGAAUAAAUUUAAAGUAAUUAAAAACUUGUUUAAGAGUAACUUUCUGAUAAAAUUAUUACUUUACCAAGUUAUUCAUAAAAGAAAUUAUUAUAAUAAAAAAAUGUUAAUUUACAAAUAAAUUAGAAUAUUAAUAGUGGAAAUAAAAAUAUUAGUUCUUCUUAAAUUUUAAAUGUUAAAGAAAAAGAACAUGAUAUGAUUUUGAGAAGCUUUAAUUAAAUGUAUCUUAAAUUUAGAGAAACUAAUUGUAUUGAGAACUCUUAAAGUUUUGCAGAAUAAAUUAUAUAUCUUUUAGGUUCUCUUUUAAAUGAUGAAUGCUAUGAUAAAAUGAAUGAAUUCUUAGAGAAAUUGAUUCAUAUCUUAUCAUCUAAUCAUUUUUAUAAAAGUAUUUCUUAUCAAUAAUUUUAUUUCAUUUUUGAUACACUGAUUUUUAAAAUGGUUGAAUAAUCAACUAAAAAUAAUGUCAAAGAUGGAGCAUAAAAAUGUUGUUACAAUUUAAUUAAUUCAAAUUUAAUCAAAAUCUUAAAUAAUCAAGAUUUAUCUAAUUUAUAUUUAGCUUUUCUUGAUAUAUUAAUAAAAGUAAAAGAAUCAGAUACAUAAACUAAAUAAUUUUAUGUAUUAGUAACUAAAUGUUUAAGUAAAUCUGCUGAUUAAUUAAAGGGAUAAUUUUAAUGGUCAUAAGUCUAAGCAAUUUUAGAAAAAAUUAAUUAAUAUUUAAUCAAAUCACAAAAACCUUAAAUUAAUCUUGAAUACACCCAAUAUCAAAAUUGUAUAUUGAAUGCUCUCAAAACUACAGUAGUAUUUUUCUUUAAUUAUAAUGAUGGUAUUAAAGUUUAUUAAUAUAUCAUGUAAAACACAAAUGAAACUUCAAUUUUAAGAUCAUGGAUAUUAGAUGUUUAAGAAAAAAAUAAUAAUCAUUUAAUAGUAGAUUUAGCUAAAUAUCGAAGAUCGAGAGACACAUAAUUUAUUUAAAUAGUUGAAUUACUCAAAAUAGACUUUGAUAAAACUGUUGAGCAAUUCGUGCCCAUUGUGAGAAGAUAAAAUAUCAAUUGGAAACCUCUAGUUUAAUUUUUAAAUUAAGAAUAAAUCAAAUUUAUAGAAUAAAGAUUGGAAUAGACAUCACAUAUGAAUUUACUAGAAAAAAAGGUUGGUGAGCUAGAAAAGAUGCUUAAUUAAUGA